AUGAUGGCAUAUGUUGGCAAACACCAUCUUAUCUCGCUCAUUCCGCAUGGCCUAUCGGCCUGCGUCUUCCGUUUCGGCCAUGUCGUGGUCUCAUCGGGACCACUUAUUUGUACGCCGAAUCGGCCGAAACGCCGCUUUCGGUCUGAUAUGUCGCCUCUGGGCCUGGCUCGUCUGCCCACUUUUGGGAAAAACACACUCUAA